GUCUCUUGUGCCUGUGUGAUAAAGUUUAACUACAAGCAGAAAGCAGUCAUUUGUGUCCCUGCAGCUCUAAUUCCAUUAAUCAGCCUCUCAUCAUCUCACAGGGAGUGGGACUUGUGCCUCUGCUGAAAUGUGGAAACUGAACAAGAGCAAAGUUCUUAUAGAAGAUUCACCUGAUGAAGAAAUUCAGGCUCAGCAAGAUGCCCAGAUCAAAGACCAACUGCUUCAAGAAGAAGUGCAGUCCCCAGUGUCUCAGCUUGCUACAAAGGAACUACAGAGUUUAAAGACAAGUUUCUCUAGCAUGAAAGGGCAAGUUACAGUCCAGGGUGCCAGUUUUAGAGGAUGGAAGGAAGUGACCUCUAUAUUCAACAAGGAUGACGAACAGCAGCUGCUAAAAGGAGCUAAAUCUAAAGUAAUAUCUGCGAAACCAAAAGAAGAUCUAAAGACGGAAAAGAAAGCUGGCUUUUGGGACAGUUUAGCAAUAAAACAGAACAUUCAGCCAAAGAAAGCUGAUGAGAUUGAGGGCUGGGAACCUCCACAUAUAACAGUAGAGGAGUCUCCAACUUUUCCUGAUGAUGGAUUAGAUGAUCCCAAUUCCUGGCCGGGCUGGGAGGAUGAAACCAAAGGAUCCACAAAAUAUACAAACCUGACCAGUUCAGGAAACAGCUCCAGGUGGAGCAUAAAAUCAGCUGGGAAACUGGUUAGUAUUCGAAGGCGGAGCAAAGGAAACCUGACAGAGAACUGGAAGGAGUUAGAAUGAAAACCAUGGCAAGCGAGCAAUAUGCAAUGUCUUUCCACUGUGAGGCUGCAGGUUUCAUGAUUUUCAUGUCAUUUUAUACCAAAUUCUAUUAAGUAUUGUAUACCUACUUUUAUAUUUAUCUAGAUCCUACAGAAAUAAAUUUGCACUUCUACUGUCUUCAAGUUAUUUAACAGAGCCGUUCUGAGAAACAGCUGUGAAAGGAGUAGGUGCUUCGCCUAUGCCUACACUUUGUAAAAGAAAAUUUGGCUGUACCAAAAAAAAUAAAUAAAUAAAGGAGAUUUCCUCUGUGAAUGUAUACACUGGGUAUAAAAUAGACUUGCUUAGACUGUUACCAUUUAAGGCAGGGAUGUCAGACAGGCAGCUCGCAACUGUUGCUGAAUUACAUAUCCCUUUUCAGCCAGCUUCAGCGUAUUCAUAGGAGUUGUAGUUCAGCAACAGCUUUAGGGCAAGAGGAUUAUGGGAGAUGUAGGUGUGCAACAGCCUCAAGCCUGGCAUCCCUGAGAUAAGGUUAUUUGCCUUGAACAUUAAACUGUCAAGUGCCUGUAUUUCACCUUGCUAACGUAUUUGUGAUGCACAGCUUAAUUUAUUCGUAAAUUAAUUUAGUCAUUUUUUUUUUUAAGCAACUGGCUUCUUUAUAAUGACGUGUUAUAGAAUUAAAGCCACGUAUAUUAUGUGUAACCUAUUAAAACAAAAAUAUUGGGCAAUGUUCGUUUCCAGUAUACUGUAUGUCUGGUGUUAGAAGUGAGGCAGCAGUGUUCAACCUAUAACUCUCCAGCUGUUGCUGAACUACAGCUUUCAGCAUCCCAGUCACCAACACCUGGAGAUGCACAGGUUCAAUGUUUCAGAAGAAUUUUGAAAACUACAACUUCCUCUUCAGAGGAAUGCUGGGAGAUGCAGCUAACAAAAGUUGGAGGAGCAAGACUCUAACAGACUUAAAAUAUCAAUUAAAGUUGGGGUGUUGCUGGGCUUUUCUGUAUUCCUAUGAAAUGUUUCUCUCAUAUCGUUUUGACACACUAGUAGGCAGAUUUAUCAAGGGUCGAAGUGAAAAUUGUAAAUGGAAAUGUUAAAAUUCGAUUUGAGGGUUUUUUUUUUUUUAAGAUUUUUGAGAUUUAUCAUACACGGGCCCUUUAAGAACUCGAAUUAGGCUAUUCGCCACCUAAAAGCUGCCGAAUUGCUGUUUUAGACAAUGGCAGACGUCCUGGGAUCAAUUUGGAGUUGUUUGCAGCCUUCCUGACGUUCGAGUUUUUUUCGGAGAUAAAACUCGAAUAAAGUUUUUAAAACUCAAAUCAAAUUUGAUUUGAAUUUGAUUUGAGUUUUCCGGUCGAUCGUAUACACCCAAGUUUUGAAAAAUAUAUAUUUUUUUUUUAAAUACAUUUUGAAAAAAACUCCCAUGAAUUCGAAAUUCGACCCUUGAUAAAUCUGCCCCUAGUUGUGUAGAACAAACUCCAGCAUUCCCUGCAUUUACCUGCUUCACUGGUGACAGCAUUAUGGGAAUUGUAGUUGUACAACAGUUGGAGCUCAUAGGCCUCUUCUGAUUCAAAUCCCACUGCGUGCAUUUUAUUCCAAGAUCACCUGAGGAUAAAGAACUUUUGCAGAAAAGAUGGAGAGAGAGUGUUACAGUAUCAGUGCAUGGAGAUUAGUUGCCUGGGGGUAAAUCUGCUCUACAAUGGGCAAUUAAUCUCCAAAAAAACACUUUCCCCCUGACAAUAAUGUAAAUUGCAGCUGGGGAAACAUAUGCAUGGCUUUGGGUGUCUCAAGUGACCCUAUGUUUUCCUUUCGAAGCAACUGCAGACUGAUGUUUCCCCACCAGUUAUUUACAUUAUUGCCGGUAAAAAGCAAACUAGGGAUGUUCCGCCACCCGCAGUAGCGCAGAUAUAUUGCAGGUGGCAAAAUGUCCCUUGUGUCGGGCCCUAAGGGUUGUGGUCAAACAGUCAGACUGCUAAGAAGUGAGUUUAAUGGCUGAAGCCUUACCAAGAAGAAUUCAGAUGGACUAUAGCUAUAGAGCAAGAGAGCUAUGCAAUGUAGUGUUCAUUAUUUAUAUUGUUUUUAUUGUUGUUUUUUUGUUAGGGUCACUGUUAGACUUCACCUUCCAAAAUAUAUGCUUUGUAUUUUUUUGCAUCUUGAAUAAAGAACUAAGCUCAACCAAGAAACCUUGUUACAAUAUUGUUGUCUGGAAAUAUUUGUAUAAUGGCACUUUAUAUUCUCCAAAUAAAACAACAUUCUACACUA